AUCUCCAUCUACUAGCGCGCAAUAACUGAAAUGGCACAUUUUGCCUAAGGCGGUUUUUGCUAUGGCAUAAUGCAUGACGAUAGACGUAAUUUGGCUUAAAUUCCAGGGAGAUGUUUGAUGUUAAAAUAUAAAACUAUUGGGGAGAGAGACGAGAACACUACAGAACUGAGAGGACAGUUUUAUUUAAGAGCCUAUCAUUUAAUAGUUUUAUGGACAUUCACAGUAUCCCUUUUAUUAGACAUUUUAUCAAAACGUUACAUGUAUGUUUUUUUGGGGACGAACGUAGCCAAUUUUCACACUCCUAAAUCCGAUGAGGGAGUUCUGACAAUUGGGAGCAAGAUUAAACCGAACACUGCUACCCAUGCAGCAGACCAGACUGCUCUCCGUUGGAAUAAAACUGCGAUGUUUUUGGUAAAAUAAAAUUUACUUGUGAAAUAAGAAACAGUAGAUCUCAUUUUCAUCUUGAACCGAAAUGAGGCGAGAUAGAAAAGGCUGCUCUAUUAUAACGUAAUCCUUGCCCUGUAGGCGUUUGAAUAGCCCAGAGCAAGAAUAUUUCUAGCCCUCUUCUUAUUUAGAGACGGACUGGUUUUCUUCUCAUAAAACUCGACGGUUUCAUCAUAUCAGAAAAGGAAAGACCCGGACAAAGACAGAUAUACAGCAAACGACGACCAAACUGGCAUAAAACAGAGAUACAAUUGAAAGGGAUAAGAGAUUCCUAUGUCUUCUCUAUCCGUGUCCUCCCAGGAGGGAAGAAGCAUGUCCAGGAUGUCUAUGAGUCGUUCUCCAGUUUCUCCAAUGAAUGCCCAGGGCAUCCCAUCACCGGCCCAGCUGACUAAAGCCAACGCCCCGGUCCACAUCGACGUGGGAGGACACAUGUACACCAGCAGCCUGGGUACUCUCACCAAAUACCCAGAGUCUAGAAUCAGUCGUCUGUUUAAUGGAACAGAGCCCAUUGUACUGGACAGCUUGAAGCAGCACUACUUCAUAGACAGGGAUGGAGAUAUAUUCAGAUACAUCCUCAGCUUCCUCAGGACCUGCAAACUACUGCUCCCAGAGGACUUCAAGGACUUCCCCCAGCUAUACGAGGAGGCCCGCUACUACCAACUGACACCCAUGGUCCGCGAGCUGGAGCGCUGGCAGACGGAGCAGGAGGGCCAGAAGAGACCACCCUGCGAGUGCCUGGUGGUCCGAGUGACCCCUGACCUGGGGGAGAGGAUCGCCCUCAGCGGAGGGAAGGUGCUCAUCGAGGAGAUCUUCCCCGAGACUGGAGACGUCAUGUGUAACUCUGUGAAUUCCGGCUGGAACCACGACCCCACGCACGUAAUCAGAUUCCCUCUCAACGGCUACUGCAGGCUCAACUCAGUUCAGGUUCUGGAGAGGUUGUUCCAGAAGGGCUUCAGCGUGACGGCGUCAUGUGGCGGCGGCGUUGACUCCUCACAGUUCAGCGAGUACGUCCUGUGUCGCGAGCUCCGCAGGGGUCAGUCCAUCGGCACCACCAUCCACAUCAAACAAGAGCCUCUGGACUAGGUUGGGAGGAACAGAGGGACCCGUGAGAGAUCAACACGUCCGGUGCUGAUUUUCGAGUCCUAUUUACACAACUUUAACAGUGAAAAACACACAAGGACUCUUCAUGCUUGGGAAUAUCAUUUGCCAGUGGCAAUGUAGACUGGACUAGCAAGAUGUGAGAAGGUUGUGAUUCUAUUGAGACUCAAAGACACUAAAGGGAUCCUCUGAAAUGAGUCUGUCUGAGGUGAGCUCAUUAGCUCUGUUUGUAUGGAACUCUUACUGCUGCCAUUUCCAACAGAGAUACAGUAUCUAUCAGGAUCCACGUGAAUCGGUCCGUCACUUCUGGGCUGUUGACAACUAGGAGGAAAUAGCUCUAGAAAUAUGGUGCUCAAUUCCAGGUUUAACUAGGGACUCCCUACUGGUAUGACCAAUGACCUCCGCUUCAGAGACAUUAUGGCUGCGUUUACACAGGCAUCCCAAUUCUGACCUUUUGUCCAAUGAUUGGUAAACUAUAAAUGCAGCCAAAAAUGGCCAUGCCCUACCACAGGAAGAACAGAACAUGUCUGUGUUUGCCUCAUUUCCUGACGACUUCCUACCCAAGAUCUGAAUGUAAUUUACUGUAAUGUGUAGGUAUUUGUUCAAUUAAAUGUCAAAUGGA